CACACACUGACAAUGCAUACAUUCCUUAUGCACACACACACACACUCAAACAACAUCAUGUUUUGGCAUAAAUGUCCCUGCAAUGACACAGCUCCCCAUCCAUCCCUUAGGCGCACAUCUUUUGUUAUUGAUGACACAUGGUAAUGUAAUGGUAUAUGCCUCACCCUUCCCAGCCCUAUGCACAAAAGCAAAUAUAGCCUAUCACACUGCAGCGCACACAGACUGGUUACCCUUGUGCCGGGAGCUCCCCAGCGCUUAUUCAUCAGAGCGAGAGAUCCUUGUAUUUUGCUGUAUGACUGAGUUGAGCUGAAUGUUGGCGAUGUGCGCAGAGAGGAAACCACCGCACGCAACGCUAAGAAUGACACUUCGGUUUAUCGGUCGGCUUCGAGAACUUUGGAUGUUUAGCUGCUAUUUCAACUUUUAGCAUUAAUGGAAUCAACAAGAGACGAGUAAAAUCGCUGCCUUCACAGCACCAGCAAAACAUGUGUUGGAAUUUAGGCUAAGAAGCAGCGGCUACAGAUUGAAAUAAUUAGCCGUUUUUUUUCAUUCUUCAAAACAACAACAGUGAUAUACAUUAGGCAAUAAUUCAGUCGCCUACUUCAGAAAUUCACAUAACUUUUGUGUUAUUUAUGAUCCCAAAUACCAGCCAGAGCUUAGAGAAUUUUCCUAUAGGCCUAGUGUUGCCAAUUUAGCUUAGCCUAUAGCCUAGUUGGUAGACACUCCUGGCAUACCUAGAGAGCUCUUUUUUAAAUAAAAGGUUUUCUGGGUUUAAAAAAAAGUAGGCAAUUCAAGAAAACAACAGUUCAAAUCUACUGUUCAAACUAAAUUGAAGGAACGUGUCAGGAGAUCAAGGAUUUGCACUCUAGUAGGAGUGGUGCGCAACAAAAUGUUCCUCGCGCGAAGCGCAAUGUCUUUACAGCCUCGCAUCUCCCAUUGACAGGACAGCGGGGAGACAAUCAACCAAGAACAUCUGUGCCACUUGUGGAAGAGAUACAAAAAAAUGGCGAGAAAUAAACAUCGACAUUAAGGCCACCUCAUGCACUGUGUGUUUGUUCCUGCCAGCCCCCCUGUGGUUGAUGGUGAUGCCUGAGUCCAACCCAGCAAUGCAGAGGACGAGAACCUGGUGGUGGCAGGGACAACUGGGGGUUUCUCUGCUGUUUCUGGUUUUCCCGCUCCUCAGGACCGAACCGCUCCAACUCGAGCUGUCUUUCAAUGGACUUUCGGAACCCCAGAAUGUGACACUGGCUGCUAUUCUGCCUUUGAGCAACACUGAAUACCCGUGGGCCUGGCCUCGCGUGGGGCCCGCUCUGAUGAGGGCUCUGGAGCGAGUCAAUGACGACCCCACUCUGCUACCGGGCCACCGCCUUCGAAUAGUCUACGACAGCAGCGAAAACAAGGAUGGCGUCUGCUCCGACUCAGUGGCGCCAUUGGUGGCCGUGGACUUUAAGUUCUCCUACGACCCAUGGGCCUUCAUCGGCCCUGGCUGCGACUACGCUUCGUCUCCCGUGGGCCGCUUCACUACCCACUGGGACGUUCCCAUGGUGACGGCCGGGGCAGCGGCCAUCGGCUUCCACUUGUACACAUCCAUCACCAACACGGGCCCCACGCACAAGAAGUUGGGCGAGUUUGGGGUGCGCCUGCAUCGGCAUUUUGGCUGGCACAGACACGCCAUGCUCAUGUUCAGCGACAACAAGAACGACGACCGGCCGUACUACUUUACGGCCGAGGGGUUGUACACGCAGCUACAGCUGGACAACAUCACCACAGCAGACAAGGUCUUCAAUGAGCAGAAUGGACCGGUCCAGUAUGAUGACCUCAUCAGUGACAUCAGCCAGAGUGCCCGAGUGGUGUACAUGUGCUGCUCACGGGACACUUUCCGGAUGCUGAUGGUACAGUUUUGGAGGGAGGGCUUGCCCCCGGAGGACUAUGCUUUCUUCUUCAUCGACCUGUUCGGCCACAGCCUGAGGAAGCGUCCCGCUAGGCCCUGGUACAGAGGAGACGCAGACGACCACGCCGCUAAGAAGGCCUUCAGGAGUGUGAAGAUCCUGACCUACAAAGAGCCACAGAACCCAGAGUACCUGGAGUUUGUGUCCAACCUGAAGACGGACGCAUUGAACAUGUUCAACUUCACCGUAGAAGACUCACUGACGAACCUGAUAGCAGGAGGCUUCUAUGACGGGGUAAUGCUUUACUCUCAGGCCCUGAACGAGACCAUGGCCGAGGGAGGGGGCCGGCCGCGAGGGGACAUCGUCACCAAGAGGAUGUGGAACCGCACGUACCACGGUGUUACUGGCUUGGUUCAAAUUGAUGGAGAAGGCGAUCGGGAGAUUGACUUUGCCUUGUGGGACAUGACCGAUCUUGACUCUGGGGUCUUUCAGAUCGUAUCCGUCUACAACAGCACCCUGAAGGAGUUGGUUCCAGUGCCGGGCAUGAAGGUCCAGUGGCCGGGGGGCGCCCCGCCCCAAGACAUCCCCGACUGUGGCUUCAAGAAUGACAAGCCUGCUUGCUUAGCACGGACUGUCACUAUGCACCAGAUGGUGGCCAUCGUUGUGUGCUUCAUCUUCAUCAUCAUCGUCACCGUCACCGUCUUCAUCUACAGGAAACUGAAGUUGGAGAAUGAGUUGGCUGCUCAGCUCUGGCGGGUGCAGUGGGAGGACGUGCAGAUGAGUGACCUGGAGAAAGUGAUGCGCAGGGCCUGCAGCAGACUCACCCUGUCUCUGAGAGGCUCCAACUAUGGCUCCCUCCUGACCAUGGACGGAAACUUCCAGAUCUACGCCAAGACUGGCUACUACAAGGGAAACAUUGCGGCCAUUAAGUACGUCACUAACAAGAAGCGCAUCGAGCUCACCAGGAUGGUGCUCUUUGAGCUUAAACAUAUGCGUGAUGUUCAAAACGAGCACCUGACUCGCUUUAUCGGAGCCUGUAUUGAUCCUCCCAACAUCUGUAUCAUCACAGAGUACUGUCCCCGGGGCAGCCUGCAGGAUCUUAUGGAGAGCGAGACCAUCACCUUGGACUGGAUGUUCAGAUACUCUCUCAUCAACGACAUUGUUAAGGGGAUGGCCUUCCUUCACAACAGCGUCAUCGUCUCCCAUGGUAACCUGAAGUCCUCUAACUGUGUGGUGGACAGUCGCUUUGUUCUGAAGAUUACUGACUACGGGCUGGCCAGCUUCCGCGAAAAGUCCAAUAUGGAGGACACACACGCCUACUAUGCCCGAAAAUUGUGGGCAGCUCCAGAGCUGCUGAGGGCAGAGUGUCCCCCACCAUGUGGCACUCAGAAAGGGGAUAUCUACAGCUUCGGCAUCAUCCUGCAGGAGCUGGCCCUGCUCCGAGGGGUCUUCCACAUCGAGGGGGACACCUUCAGCCCCAAAGAGAUCGUAGAGCGCGUGGCCCUGGGCCAGUGGCCCUACCUGCGACCCUCCCUCUGCCCCCAGAGCCACAGUGAAGAGGUGGGCCAGCUCAUGCAGCGCUGCUGGAGCGAGGACAUGAACGAGAGGCCCGAGUUCCACCACAUCAAGCUGCUGCUGCGCAAACACAACAGAGGUUAUGGGUCUAAUAUCCUGGACAACCUGUUGUCUCGUAUGGAGCAGUACGCCAAUAACCUGGAAGAACUGGUGGAGGAAAGAACACAGGCUUACCAUGAAGAGAAACGCAAGGCCGAGGCACUGCUCUACCAGAUACUUCCACACUCUGUAGCGGAGCAGUUGAAGAGAGGGGAGACGGUGCAGGCUGAGGCCUUUGACUCAGUCACCAUCUACUUCAGUGACAUUGUGGGCUUUACCGCCAUCUCAGCAGAGAGCACGCCCAUGCAGGUGGUGACCCUAUUGAAUGACCUCUACACGUGUUUCGAUGCCAUCAUCGACAACUUCGAUGUUUACAAGGUGGAAACGAUAGGUGAUGCGUACAUGGUGGUAUCUGGGCUGCCGGUGAGGAACGGCAAGCUGCACGGCCGAGAGAUCGCCCGUAUGUCCCUGGCCCUGCUGGAGGCCGUACACUCCUUCAGGAUCCGCCACCGACCUGCCCAGCAGCUCCGUCUGCGCAGUGGCAUCCACAGUGGCCCUGUAUGUGCUGGCGUUGUAGGACUGAAGAUGCCUCGGUUCUGUUUGUUUGGAGAUACAGUCAACACAGCCUCUCGCAUGGAGUCCAAUGGGGAGGCCCUGAAGAUCCACGUGUCGGAGGCCACGCGCGUGGUGCUGGACGACUUCAACUGUUUCCAGCUGGAGCUGAGAGGAGACGUGGAGAUGAAGGGCAAAGGGAGGAUGAAGACCUACUGGCUACUGGGGGAAAGCAUCAACAACAUGGCUUAGUAGAGAGAGAGAGAAUUAGACAUAGACAGUAUUGGAAAGAUGCCGUAGAAAAGAUUGUUUAGGCAAGGGAGGACUGAGGUAAAAGGAACAGACAUGCAUACAGAUACACAUAGGAAUGGGGUGAAAUAGAAAUAAGCAACAAACAAAUACUCCUGAUAACCACCUCCAGAAUGAUAGUCUCAUCGACUCAGUCUCACUGCUCUUCAAGGGCAUUCCUUGGUUCCUUUAGGUGGAAACGCUCUCUCUAGAUUGACUUACUAUGGUGCAUAAGCUAUCAACGUUGACCUUCCAUGGACAGCUUUAGACUUGUACCUCUCCAACCAAAGGAAAGCUAUCACUGUUACACCACCGUGUGCCGAAAGGUGAGGCCCCACCUCCUCCGAUUCGCAUUUGCGAACAGCUCCACCCAGUGUUCAAGAGUUGCAACUUUCGCUUUCAAGAACGAACAUUUUGGACAAUCUUGUUGGACCUGUUGUUUAUCGUGACGAGAGUAGUCCAAUGUGUUAUUUUGUGGUUAUUUCACUUUGUGACUGAUUGGUGUUCUCUAACAUGUAGAGGCCUUAGUGUUAUGUGAAGCCUUCACAGGCAUUAUUCUAUUUGUUUCACGGUGGUGUUUGUUCUGUAUCACAAUAUCAGUUUGUUCUAUAUCUAUAUAAUUGAGCAUUAAUCAAGUGAAGACCAGAGGGGUAUACUACGAAUGUAGCUAGAUGUACUCAGGCUUUUCUGAAAUGACCUAACUUCAUGAACUGCGCGUUCAUGUCGCACAUGGCUAGUCGAACGCCGAACUCUUCAUUGAGACAAUGCUGAAACAUCAAUCCGUGGACGAGUCAGUGCCAUAUUUACAUUUUUGCCGAAAUCAAUUUACCUGCAAAUUCAGCAGGCUAUGGUGUGAAAUGGGCAACUAGACGUUUAUUUACAUACGAUGUUUGUUUGUUGUGCUUAUCAAUGCACAAGUCCCAUGAUUCCCCCCUCCUAACGAUACAAAAAUAGUAUUAAGUCAUACGAAAGUUUUACUGCACGUGAAGUUUCAAAUGUGUCAUUACUAAAUGUGUUAUUACUAUUACUGUUUUUAACACAAGAAUUUGAUUGGUCCUCGGCUCAAACACUUCAUUCAAUAUAAGUGGGACAAGCCCUGAGUUAGCCUGUCCGGGAGCAGGUUACUUCUGAAGGAUUCGUUGCCGUAGAAAUGUUACUGACUAGAGCCAUAUUCGUGUCACCACUUAUCCCGAGUUGAUCUCAGAGUUGACCAAAGUUACCUCAACUCCUCAAACCUGAUUCAUAGUGUACUGCUCAAUUAUCCAUAAUAAUACCAGUUCACAAAGUGUGUUCUACAGCCUGCUUGGCUAUGUGCUUUAGGAUGAAGUAGUGGAGGUAAUCACCUCCAUGCCACAAUGUGGGCUAUCUAAUUGACAUUGGUGAAAUGUCUCAAAUGGACACUUAUGGUGUUAAGUUGUGAAUUAGCAUUCAACAGGAAUGUUCAAAAUCUUUUUGGUCAUAAAAAAACAAUUCAUUGCUUUAGUCUGCUCAAGAUAAACUGCGAUGACAAUGAAGAAUGGGGAGUUAGAUUUGGCCAUAAAUGACAACUUCUGGGUGAAUUAAUAUUGUCGCAACCUGUUCUCAGAGCAUUUUGUUUUAUUCUAUACGUAAAUCCAAGACACUCCAUUUAGUUACAUAAAACAGAUGGUCACUUAUAGACAGAUGGUUACUUGUAAUCAGCUAGCCCUCUCCCAUUAAGUUCUUAUAUUACAGACUCAUUUUGAGGUUCAUAUUUUCUAAUUGUCCUUUUUCCUUUACUUACAAGAUGAUGUCAUAAUAACUUAUAUUUCACACUCAAGGGUACAAAAUAAUGAGGGAGUCUAGCUCUUCACUUCUCUUACUGUUACUGAUGAGAAAAGUGAAUAUUUUCAGAUUGAGAGUCCUACUAAAUGGCAUACACAGUACAAUGAAAAUAUAUACACAGAACAAAAAAACAAACGCAACAUGUAUAGUGUUGGUACCAUGUUUCAUGAGCUAAAAUAAAAGAUCCCCGACAUCCCCGACAUCCAUACACACAAAAUUAUUAUUUCUCUCAAAUUUUGUGCACACAUUUCUUUACAUCCCUGUUAGUGAGCAUUUAUCCUUUGCCAAGAUAAUCUACCCACCUGACAGGUGUGGCAUGUCAUGAAGCUGAUAAAACAACAUGAUCAUUACAGAGGUGCACCUUGUGCUGGGGACAAUAAAAGGCAACUCUAAAAUGUGCAGUUUUGUCACACAACACAAUGCCACAGAUAUUUAAAGUUUUGAGGGAGCAAGCAAUUGGCAUGCUGACUGCAGGAAUUUCCACCAGAGCUGUUGCCAGAGAAUUUAAUGUUAAUUUCUCUACCUUAAGCCACCUCCAAAAUCGUUUUAGAGAAUUUGGCAGUAUGUCCAACCGGCCUCACAACAGCAGACCAUGUGUAUGGCAUCAUGUGGGCGAGCGGUUUGCUGUUGUCAAUAUGUGAACAGAGUGCCCCAUGGUGGCAGUGGGGUUAUGGUAUGGGCAGGCAUAAGCUAUGGACAACGAACACAAUUGCAUUUUAUCGAUGUCAAUUUGAAUGCACAAAGAUACCGUGCCGAGAUCCUGAGGCCCAUUGUCGUGCCAUUCAUCCGCCUCAUUUUUAAGCAUGAUAAUGCACGGCCCCAUGUCGCAAAGAUCUGUACACAAUUCCUGGAAGCUGAAAAUGUCCCAGUUCUUCCCUGGCCUUCAUACUCACCAAACAUGUCACCCAUUGAGCAUGUUUGGGAUGUUCUGCAUCGACGUUUACGACAGCAUGUUCCAGUAGUUGCCAAUAUCUAGCAACUUCGCACAGCCAUUGAAGAGGAGUGGGACAACAUUCCACAGGCCACAAUCAACAACCUGAUCAACUCUAUGCGAAGGAGAUGUGUAACGCUGCAUGAGGCAAAUGGUGGUCACACCAGAUACGGACUAGUUUUCUGAUCCAUGCCCCUACCUUUUUUUGAAGAUAUCUGUGACCAACAGAUGCAUAUCUGUAUUCCCAGUCUUGUGAAAUCCAUAGAUUAGGGCCUAACGAAUUUAUUUAAAUUUACUGAUUUCCUUAUAUGAUCUGUAACUCGGUAAAAUCUUUGAUAUUCUUGAAUGUUGCGUUGAUAUUUUUGUUCGGUAUAUUUAAAAUUCUCAAAGUUGACUCUCUGAGGAUACUUCUUUGGCUUGUGAUUUGCAAACAUGUUACAACAAACUGUACUCUUUGCCUUUUGUUCUCUGGUAUUUUUGGGUGGUUCUGCUCAGUUGAAAGGGAACAACUGCAUCACCUAGCUACUCAGCUUAGAAGUGGAGCAUCACUGAUAGGCAGUAGGCACCCAUUUCCCAACCAGCACUAUGGACCAUGUGAAUGUGUUCUCAGUUGAACGCCCCUACACCUUAAAGUUAUCAUCAGUGAGAUUUUCCACUUUCCAACUUAAGUCUAAAUGUUUGAUCAUUUCAUUUUCCAUGAUUGAAUUUAUCACCUAAGGACUAAGCCAAAGCCAAUACUCCUGAAAGGAUCAGGAUUAGUAAUGAGACGUGGUAAAUGCUAACAGCUCUGUGUAAUGUCAGGGAGACAAGUUAUUGAUCAGUAGUAACUCACCCAAUGUCAGGCUUGAUCUGACAGGUAACCCAGCGUGCAAAACUGGUUUCAAUGAUGUCAGUAUAAUCUAUUUUAUGAGGUCAUGGUCAGGUUGCAUACUGGUUGUGUUAAAGUUUUUGCAGAAGUUAACGUAUUUUUAGCAACCAGAAAAAUAUGUCUUUGUCUAGUUUUAAUCUGACCAGAUAACAUCCAAAAUAUGAUGUCUUUCCCAUUGUUUUCUUGUUGUGAAAAAUGUCUUUACCAGGUUGUAACAGAGACCAGUUGGUUGUAAUGUUAUUUUUCAGAUCAGAAAUGUACAUCAUUAAGACGAUUCCAAGUCAGGUCCGUCUGCAUACGGUAUAUGUCCACUAUGAAUGUGCUCCCAUGGGUUCUGUAAAUGGAUCUCUGAUGCAGUAAAAUGUAUUGUGUUGUUUUGGUUGCUUUGUAUUUUAGAGGAGUGGGUUGGUCUUUGAAUUACUGUGUGUUACCAUGUAUUGUUUGGUGUGCUUUAAAAUAUGACAUUGGCAUUGUUUUUGGGGCGAGAAAGAAAUGUUCAGUUACAUUGCCUGUCUUGUUUCUAGUCAGUUGAAUGUCUUUAUAAAAUCAGUUGAGAACCAAAA